UGUCAAUGUCAACGCUUCGAUUGCGUUAUUGCGAUUUUAUCCGUACCUAUUUAAUUUCAGAUAAUUCAUAAGAAACCAAAACUAAUAAAUUAAAUAUUUUGUUCAAAAUCACCGAAUCGAAAGACAUAUUAAAAUGAUGCGUUUACGUUAUGCUAUGAACACCGUAAAAAUGAUCCGAGGCAGUCGUUUUAUGAGUGAUACUACUCAGUCUGUGGACACAACCUACAUGGAAAUUCCUGUUUACAAUGUAGACAAACCACAAACAUUAGACAAGAGGAAGGCAAGACUUCAUUACCAGUCUCGGAAGCGUGGCAUGCUGGAGAAUGAUCUACUACUUAGCACUUUUGCUAAGAAGUAUCUAGAUGGUUUUUCUGAGGAACAGACUAUGAUGUACGACCGUCUCAUCAACUCUCCGAGUAAUGACUGGGAUAUAUAUUACUGGAUUGUAGAGAAGCAGCCAACACCCAAAGAGUUUGACAAUGAAAUAAUGGCCAUGCUUAAGAAACAUGCAAAGAAUGAGGAGCGAGUAGUUCUAUCACAACCAGAAUUAUAUUGAUUUUAGUAUAUUAUUCCAUCAGAUUCAACAUAGGUUCAAACCAAAAGUAUUAAAUCAAUAGAUUUAUUCUAUUUGCAGAACAUCUUCGGAUUCUAUGGGUUACCUUUGUAUUAUUUAAAUACUAUAUUUAAAUGAGAAUUUUUUCAGUCAAGAUUUUAUUUAAAAAUGUAUUCAUUGAUAGUGAAAGAAAAAGUCAAAAUUAACUUAAAUUUAUAAUAGGCUUACAGCUAUAGAUGUAUUCUUGUAAUACAAAAACUUAAAUUUUAUAUAUAUAAAUAGUAUAAUGAGAACUUGUUCUUAAUUUAUUUCUUUACUCUGUAUGAAUAAUACAAUUGUUUUAAUAGGUUUUUAAAUAUAGUAUAUACAAAUUACUGAAGGUUGAAUCUUAAAUGAAUUAAUUGAACUAGUAUCAACUUAAAUAAAUAACAGUUAGGUAACUGUAUACUGUUGACAGUUAAAUUUUGUGAUGUUAAUAUCAUAUAGACAAUAUUGUUCAAAUUAAUUUGUAAUUUAUUUAAAUGCUUAGUUUAGAAAGUUAAAUUCAAAUAUAAGUUGUUAAGCAUCUA